ACAUUAUAUUAAAUUACCUGUGCGUUGCUACUAAUCAGUUGAACCAACUAGUUGAAGGUAGAUAACAAAAACAAAAUUACUUGAAAUUAAGUAUGUCUUUGGACCUAAUAAACUACGAUAAUGCCGUCUUUCGGGACUAUGCAUUUUGGAUGGCCAUCCUAGUUAUCAAAACUCUAGCAAUGGCUCCACUUACUGGCCGACAGAGAUUCAAGUCUAAGAUUUUCGCUAAUGCGGAAGACGCAAAACGAGCUGGGGGCACCGUCAAAUUUGAUAAUGACGAUGUAGAACGAGUUCGAAGAGCUCAUCUCAACGAUCUUGAGAAUAUCCUUCCCUUUGCAAUAAUUGGAUUUUUGUAUGUAUUAACUCAACCCUCGGAGGUACUUGCAAACUUACUGUUUAAAAUAACGGCAAUAAGUCGAAUAGUUCACACCGUGCUGUACCUUAGAUCGUCACCAUCAAGAGGCAUUGCUUUCAUGGUUCCUCUAGGCAUCUCUUUGUACAUGGCAAUCACUGUGCUUUGUUAUUUUUAUUAAG